UGGUGAUCGACUCUGUACAUCGAGCCUUGUCAUGUUUUUUGAAAAAUGGCUGCAAGGCGUCUCUAUUCUGCUAUACCAUCUCACCGGGCAGAGCCCGGCAAUGCCCGAAUCAUAGAGAUGGCUCUACUGGCCCAUCUAGUUGCGAUUCCAGGUUGACGAAAGCUAUAAAAGGGGUGGUCUCUCACCCUGUAUUCCAUCCAUUCCAUCCAUCAUCAGCAUCCAGCAACAGCCUUCAAAGUCGAUCUCCUUGGUUCAAUUUACGCUCCGCAAGCCUUCACUGCUCCCUCAAUUUUGAAUAUCGCAUUUUACCCAAUCCCAAUUUUCCGAAUAAUAGCCACCCAACGCAAACAUGUUGUUCUCUAAGCUCCUUGUUGCUUCGUGCAUUUCUCCUGUCUUUGGCAGCCUCUUACCCAAAGACUACGUCUCCGACCUCAUUGCGCGACAAGCCCCUGGAGAAGAUAUCGUUAUCAUCGAAGACGAUGACUGGCUGAAGAGCCUUGGGAAGGCUACGGCUACUCUUCAUAGACGUCAGGAUGACGCGAAUUUCCCGUACAUCAAGGAACUGAGAAAGGUUCUUCAGGAAAGGCAUAAUAUAGAUGGCCAGUCGCUACCAUAUGGAGAAGUCAAUCCUGUUCAAUCAUCCCUUGAUUGCACGCUAGACUGCAGUGGAACGUGCAAUCCUGCCGCAACCUAUACACAUCGGACUCUCCGGACCAUCACUAAUGUCACUGUCGCUGGAUAUCCGAAUGUUGAUGAAGUCUUCCAUAAUCCAAAUGACGACCCUCUGGACAUUGAGGUCAAAAAGGGAACUGCAGUAGCAAGGGGGAAUACAAAGGGUUGGAGCAUUGGGGUAGGUCUUAAUGGGGGCUUGGGCCCUCUGUCUGCCGAAUUUUCGGGCCAGAUUUCCCAGUUGACGGAGGAGGCCUCCACCGAAACCCGCGAAGUCAGCUGGAAGGGCAAGUGCCCCUCGAAAACGGAAUGCCGGGUCACAACCGCGACAUUUUCAAUCACUGUCAAGGGCAUGUGCAACGACUCGCCUUUCGUCUACUGCUUGACUGGACGUCCGCAGAAGAGAAAUAUGUGUGGAGAGAGCAAAGACCACCUCCUCACCUGUCUCUGCCCUGUACAGAAGGAAAUGAUUGCGGCCAAAUGCCCAAAAGAAUCCGAACAAAUAUCCUGCGAUAUUAUCUUCCCACUCAGGAAACCAGACGGCUCCCUUCGCACUGUGCAAUACCUGACCAUAACACCUAUCUCUAAAUAAGCUUGCAGGAUAAAAGAAGGCGGUGGUCAAGGUUUGAUUUUCAAUGAGCAAUAUUGCAUCGCUUUUUGACCUAGGACCGUUAAAUCAUUGCCCUUACCCCUAAAAUUGUCAAUUAGCCUUUAGCUAGCGCCACAAGCAAGAAUAUUAUAACAUUUAUUAGUAUAUUUACCUGAAACAUUUUCUCUACUAGGU